AUGCAGGUCGAUAAGGGGCGAACGAUCACCCAGAUUGGAGGAGAUGAAUGGGAUCGCUUCAUCGCCCGCUUGCGUCUUAGUGGGGGUGAAUUGAUCAGCUUCUCCUUCAGAGCAGAAAGGCCCAGGAUUUCUGUUAUCUAUCUGAAUUUGAUUUUCGAUAGUGAGGAUGAAGUUCAUGAGGAGGACGAUGAUGAGGAUUCAGAUGAUGAUGAGAACCCACUUGAUGAAGCACUCUAUGCCCAAAGACUGAGGCUGAGCGGCGAUGAAACGUGCAACCUCUGGGACAUGCUUCCGCUACGUGAAGACUACGUCGGGAUGCCAUUCGUGACAUGCCUCACAAGGAUGAAUGUUGAACAGCAUCUCAUGAAAUUACCUAAGAGGUUAUCUGUUAGUUGUGGCAUCGAGACGCAUGAAGAAGGCAUGGCUGCUGGACUACGCCUUACCAGAACGGGCUCCAUCACCACCUGUGCCUACGCAGUGGACACGGACGGUCGCACUGUCUUCAACCGGGCGGGGUGGAAGAAGUUCCUUCAUGGCAAGAAUCUUCGGGUAGAUCAGGGCAUCGUACUCACUGUUGCGAACACCCGUUACCGUGACUUGAGGAUGAUGAUCACCAUCAACCUCAUUUAG